AGCGCACGAGCCGCUAUUUAAACGGCUGCGACAGGCGGGGCUCGCGCACUGCUGGUCCGGAAAGGUUCUCGAGCGUCAGUAAACUCUGAAACGUGCUGAAAAAAUGCUGUGCAGACUGUCACGUUACAUCAACUCCAGUGCUUCAGUAGUGAACCGAAGCCUGAAGACAGCAGUUUAUUCUGCCACCACAGAAGCACCAUUAAAAACUGAGAAGGCACUGACUUCAGAUGAAAUUUUUGUACGUGAAGAAAAGUAUGGUGCACACAACUACCACCCACUGCCUGUAGCUUUGGAGAGAGGAGAAGGAGUUUAUGUAUGGGAUGUGGAAGGCAGACGAUACUUUGACUUCCUGAGUGCUUACAGUGCUGUGAAUCAGGGCCAUUCUCACCCAAAGAUCAUUGCAGCACUUAAAGCUCAAGUUGAAAAACUUACCCUCACCUCACGAGCUUUCUACAAUGAUGUACUGGGAGAGUAUGAGGAGUACAUUACCAAACUGUUUGGCUAUGACAAAGUGCUACCAAUGAAUACAGGUGUGGAAGGAGGAGAAACUGCUUGUAAAUUGGCUCGCAAGUGGGCAUACGAUGUUAAGGGAAUUCCAAAAUAUAAAGCAAAAAUAAUUUUUGCAGCUGGUAACUUUUGGGGUAGGACAAUGGCUGCUGUUUCGAGUUCUUCAGAUCCCAGCUGUUAUGAUGGAUUUGGACCAUUCAUGCCUGGAUUUGAGCUUGUGCCCUAUAAUGAUUUAUCAGCAUUAGAGCGGGCAUUUCAGGACCCCAAUGUUGCAGCAUUUAUGGUAGAACCAAUCCAGGGAGAAGCUGGAGUAAUCGUUCCUGAUGCUGGCUACCUUCAAGGAGUGCGAGAAAUGUGCACAAAAUACAAUGUCCUGUUUAUUGGAGAUGAAGUACAGACUGGACUUUCUAGGACUGGCCGCCGAUUGGCAUGUGACCACGAAAAUGUCAGACCAGAUAUUGUGGUUCUUGGAAAAGCCCUUUCUGGAGGGACAUAUCCAGUAUCAGCAGUAUUGUGCGAUGAUGAAAUCAUGCUAACCAUUAAACCCGGUCAGCACGGCUCUACUUAUGGUGGGAAUCCAGUGGCAUGCCGUGUUGCUGUUGCUGCUCUUGAGGUUCUUGAGGAGGAAAAUUUGUCAGAGAAUGCAGAGAAAAUGGGCAAGCUCCUUCGAGAUGAACUGAUGAAACUUCCUUCAGAUAUUGUGACUACUACGAGAGGAAAAGGAUUAUUGAAUGCCAUUGUCAUUAGAGAAACAAAAACUUUUGAUGCCUGGAAAGUUUGCCUUCGCCUACGUGAUUAUGGUCUCUUAGCCAAGCCGACCCACGGAGACAUUAUUAGAUUUUCACCACCUCUCGUUAUUAAGGAGGAUGAAAUAAGAGAAUGUGUUGAUAUCAUUCAGAAAACUAUCUUGUCCUUUUGAAGGAAAUUAAAGCCACGUUGUAAUAUCUUUUGAAGGUUAAACUGGAUUUAGAUUUGUAGCAGGCAUCCUCCAGCUAACAUUUAUUGUUGGCAAUAUACAAAAUAUAACUAGGCUUCUGUUUGAGAGAUUGCUAAGCAUCUCAAUUCUUCAUAUUUACAUCUUGAGCAGUUAUAGUGGUCAGAUAAUACUUGGAAUAUUUGUAAACCUGUUAAAUUUGAAAGCUGUUCACUUUACUUGGGUGGUAGCUGGUCUGAAGUGAAAUUGCAGUCCCAUUCAUCUUAAAUGGGCUCAAGGUCUCUAUCGUUGGUGCUUUUUUAAAAUCUAGACCGUCAGAAAAACAUUGCUGUUGAUCUGUAAGAUUUGGGUGGGAAAGCCUGUGUGUACUCUGGAUUAUUAAGUUCUCAUAGAACGAAAACCUGAAUUGAGAAAGUGGCAUAUUUUCAUUAAGCUGAUCAAAGCCAUAUUUUAGAAACUUGAAUGUUGUGCUUUGGGUGGACAAUACAUUAUUGAGUGGUUACUGAGCUGGUUGUAUUUAAGAUAGGUAGGGAGAAUGCUUGUUCAAUCCUGAAUGUUUAAAGUGGUUUUGAAACCCUGUCUGCCAGUAACUUGCAAAUGCUCAUAGGAAGUAGAGGAUACAUUUGUUUUCUUAAGUCUAGUUGAAAAUAUCUGUAGAUAUCUGUAAAAAGUUUAAUAUUGUAGAAAUUAAUGCAUUCUUGAAGAAUGUGGGGAAACAAAACCUUAAUGUAGUAUACAUCAUGAGUAAUUCUUUAAAACUGAUUGCAGAGUUCAACUGGUGUGUAAUACAAGCAUCUAAAUAAUUUUCCCAAUUAAAACAUCGAAGUUGAGAGAAGCAUACAAGUUAAUAACUUCAAUAAUUAAUGGUGCCUGUUGAGUAAUUGGAAAAAAAACUCUAGAUGCAAAACCAUGGAGUCCUAUAUGUCUCCUUUGAUAUCUUUCAGUUUUGAUGUUUACAUUAGUCACCCUUAUUUUGCUUCAGGCUACCAUGUGAGUAAUUUUGGCCCGUUUGUGUACAGCACUAACUGAUAAAUGGUCUGAAAUCUCUGCAUUUUCAUAAAUUUAAAACAUUUAUUUAAUGACCUGUUAUUAUUUGUAAUGUGUAAAUUGAUCCGUAACAAAUGUUAAUUUGAUUUCAAUGUUGCUUGAAAUGCAGUUCUCUACAUCCUGUACUUUGAAAGUGGAGUGGCUGAUGGAUUAUAAUACAAGAAAUGGUUCCCAGUCGGUGAAUUUUCUUUGAAUGUCUAGAGUUUUGGCUUUGUUCAAUAAAUUAGUGCUGUUAUGCAAAUCAUUUUCUGAUGGAA